UGUUGCUCAGGCGCCGCCACCUCACCGGCUGCACUGGCAUUUCCUGGCCACUGUAAGCGUCCUCUGCAAAGUUAGGUCCGACCUUUGAAUUUAACGGUGAAUGUCGGAGCGCUGUACAUCACUGAGUAGCGAGCAGAGCGCUCCAGGCCUGGAAACGCGGUUUUGUUUUUUUUUUUUCUUCUUCCGUACAGCAACAUGGCCGCUCCCAUCGACUCUUAGAAAAGGAGAAUUUUUGUUUACCACCCCCCCUCCCCCACUUUGUUCUGAAAAGCGUGUCUUUCAGGAUCUCUGGGUUAGACGCGUGCUGUUUCAUGAAGCAAGUCUGGGAAGGCGGCGAGGGUCACCACACAUACUUUAGGGCAAGUCACCUUUCCUGUGUGAGUUUCAGCCUUCCCAUCUACACUUCUAGCGUGCACUAUCCGUUUUAAGAUCGCUUCACCACAAGUGAUGACUCUGAUGCUCAGUUGCCUCCACUCUUGAUACCCCAUGGGCUGUAGCCCGCCAGGCUCCUCUGCUCAUGGGAUUUUCCAAGCAAGAAUACUGAGGACACUCACCAUUUGAGGAUUCAGUGUCUUCAUGACUUGUAGCUGUAGACCUACUGGUUAGAGCCAAGUGCCAAGCAGGAGGUUGUAGGGAGGCUCGAGAAACAGGAGGAUCUCAUUGGGAUUCCAGAAAUAAGGAAGAGAAUGUCUGUGGUGCAUGAGCUAUUACCAGGAUGGCUGCUGGAUCACCUCGCUUUCAUUAACAAGAUAAGCUAUGAACUUCACCAGCAUCAUGAGCCUUGCUGUAGUAAAAGCCAGCCUACUUCUUCUGUUCACCUUGAUUCUCUUCACAUGGAUUCUGUGUCCUCUUUUGGAGCCUCUGCUACAUUUGUUGCUUCCACCAAUAAGCCAGAGAAUGAUGAUAGAGGAAAUUGUGAAAUGUUCAUACAGAAAUACAUAUUUCGAUCUGAACUGUUUGAUGUCAGCAAACCUUAUAUAACUUCAGCUAGUCACAAAGAGUGCCAAGAAAGUAAUGAAAAGGAAGAUCUGGUAGAUGAUGUUAAGAAAGAAAUCUCCAUUUCUGUUAAUGGCAAGAAGCGAAAGAGAUGUGUUGCUCUCAAUCAAGGUGAACUGGAUGCUAUGGAAUACCAUAGAAAGAUCAGGGGGCUGAUUUUGGAUGGAUCCUCACAGUUAAUCCAAGAAGGUCUCACAAGUGGCUUUCUUCAUUCAUGUUCUGAAAAACGGAACAAGUGCAGUGAGCCAAUUACAUUACCACUUGAUACCUGUAAUUUGUCAGAAUUGUGUGAAAUGGCCAAGCAUUUGCCUUCUCUGAAUGAAAUGGAACUUCAGACGUUACAGUUGAUGGAAGACGAUGCCUCUGUUACAGAGCAGGAUUUAUUUUCACGGGUUGUUGAAAAUACCUCUAGCUUUACAAAAAUGAUUACUUUAAUGGGACAGAAAUACCUGCUGCCACCAAAAAGCAGUUUUCUUUUGUCUGACAUUUCUUGUAUGCACCCACUUCUGAACUGUAAGAAAACAUAUGAUGUGAUUGUGAUAGAUCCACCAUGGCAGAACAAAUCAGUUAAAAGAAGUAACAGAUAUAGUUAUUUAUCACCACUGCAGAUAAAGCAGAUACCUGUCCCUAAGCUGGCUGCUCCAAGGUGUCUCAUUGUUACGUGGGUGACAAAUAGACAGAAGCACCUGCGUUUUGUCAAGGAAGAGCUUUACCCGUCUUGGUCUGUGGAGGUAGUUGCUGAAUGGCACUGGGUAAAAAUCACCAGUUCAGGAGAGUUUGUGUUCCCAUUAGAUUCUCCACACAAAAAGCCUUAUGAAGGUCUUAUACUGGGAAGAGUUCGAGAAAAAGCUGCUUCACUGUUAAGGAAUGCAGAUGUGAAAGAGCUGCCCAUUCCAGACCACAAGUUAAUUGUCAGUGUGCCCUGUACGCUCCAUUCACAUAAGCCACCUCUUGCUGAGGUUCUAAAAGACUAUAUCAAGCCAGAGGGAGAAUGUUUGGAAUUGUUUGCUCGAAAUUUACAGCCAGGUUGGACUAGUUGGGGCAAUGAAGUUCUCAAAUUUCAACACAUGGAUUAUUUUGUUGCUCUGGAGUCUAAAAGCUGACGAGGCUCUUAAAAUUGUGUUUUUCUUCGGUUUUUCCUUACUCCUCCUUUCAUUCAGAUUGAUGUUUUCCUUUUUUUUUUUUUUUUUUACCAACCAGUAUGCUUAAAGAUGUAAACAGAACUUUGUUUUU